GACAACGUGGGUCUCGUGCUGCACGUUCUUCCGGUCGCCAUAUUGGUGCAUCAGGAUUCCAUUGUGGCGGUUGUGGGUGUUCAGGUUGAGGUGGUGGCCAUUGUGGCCAUACUGGAGGACGGGGAGGUUGUGGGGGUCGCUCGGGUUGUUGAGGUUCUUCAGGUGGUUGUGGCCACUGUGGGUUAUCUGGUUGUUGAGGUGGUGGUUGAGGCCAUUGUGGGUUAUCUGGUUGUUGAGGUGGUGGUUGAGGCCAUUGUGGGUUAUCUGGUUGUUGAGGUGGUGGUUGAGGCCAUUGUGGAAUGUUAUCUGGUUGUUGAGGUGGUUGUGGGUUGGUUGGCCAUUGUGGAAUGUUAUCUGGUUGAGGUGGUUGUGGAUUGGUUGGCCAUUGUGGAAUGUUAUCUGGUUGUUGAGGUGGUUGUGGAUUGGUUGGCCAUUGUGGAAUGUUAUUUGGUUGUUGAGGUGGUUGUGGGUUUGUUGGCCAUUGUGGAAUAUUUCCUGGUUGCUGAGGUUGUUGUGGAACGUUUUCUGGUUGUUGAGGUGCUUGCGGAUUUGUUGGCCACUGUGGAAUAUUAUUAUUCUCAGGUGCAGGCUGUUGUGGAGAAAUAACAGGCCAUUCUGGAAUUUGUGCAAUGACCGAUGCACAAAAUGCUAAGAUACAAAAAAACUUCAUUAUAUCUUGCUUCGUUCUAAUUGACGACUGA